AUGUUGUGGCUUGCACAAGCAUUGUUGGCGGGCCUCGCCCAUGCCCAGUACUCGAACAACACACCAUCGGGUCUAAACUUUGCUGAGAGUCCGCCAUUCUACCCAAGCCCUUGGGUAGAAGACACAAAUGGCGACUGGGCCGAUGCCAUCACAAAGGCAAAGGCUUUCGUCAGUCAGCUCACCCUCCUCGAGAAGGUCAACCUGACUACCGGAACCGGAUGGCAGAGUGAAUCAUGCGUCGGAAACGUCGGCGCCAUCCCACGCCUAGGCUUUGACUCCCUCUGCAUGCAGGACAGCCCACUCGGUAUCCGUUUCGCCGACUACGUCUCUGCUUUCCCAGCAGGUGGCACUGUCGCCGGAUCAUGGGACCGUGCCGAGUUUUACCAGCGUGGAUACCAGAUGGGUCAAGAGCACCGCGCAAAGGGUGUCGAUGUUCAGCUUGGGCCCGUAGUCGGUCCGCUUGGCCGCAACCCCAAGGGUGGUCGUAACUGGGAAGGUUUCUCUCCAGACCCCGUCUUGUCUGGCAUUGCUGUUGCCGACACCGUCCGCGGUAUCCAGGAUGCAGGUGUCAUUGCCUGCACCAAGCACUUCAUCAUGAACGAGCAAGAGCACUUCCGCCAGCCUGGCAACUUUGAAGACUUUGGCUUUGUCGAUGCUCUCAGUUCAAACUUGGACGACAAGACGCUCCACGAAUUGUACCUCUGGCCCUUUGCCGAUGCCAUCCGCGCCGGUACUGGCUCCAUCAUGUGCUCCUACAACAAGGUCAACAACUCGCAGGUCUGCCAGAACUCGUACCUCCAGAACUACAUUCUGAAGGGUGAGCUUGGCUUCCAGGGAUUCAUCAUGUCGGAUUGGGACGCUCAGCACUCCGGUGUCGCCUCCACCCUUGCGGGUUUGGACAUGACCAUGCCAGGAGAUACUGACUUCAACUCUGGUCAGUCUUUCUGGGGGCCCAACCUCACCAUCUCCGUCCUCAACGGCACCCUGCCCCAAUGGCGUCUCGAUGACGCGGCUGUCCGUAUCAUGGCCGCAUACUACUACGUCGGCCUUGACGAAUCUAUCCCAGUCAACUUCGACAGCUGGCAGCGCGACACUUAUGGAUACGAGCACUACUUCGCCAAGACUGGCCAGAAGCUCGUCAACCAGCACGUUGAUGAUGGUGAGACUCUUGUGCAGAACGUCUCGGCCCUGUGCAACAACACUAUUGUUGUUGUCCACUCUGUCGGACCGGUGCUCCUCAACUCUUUCGUCGACAAUGAAAACGUCACGGCUAUCCUUUGGGCUGGUCUUCCCGGCCAAGAGUCUGGUAACGCUAUUGCUGACAUUCUGUACGGCCGCGAGAACCCCGGUGGCAAGCUUCCUUUCACCAUCGGCAGCUCUGCAGAGGAGUACGGCCCUGACCUCAUCUACGAGCCUACCAACGGUCACGGCAGCCCACAAGACAACUUUGAGGAAGGCAUCUUCAUUGAUUACCGUGCGUUUGACAAGAAGAACAUUACACCUGUCUACGAGUUUGGUCACGGUAUGUCAUACACGACGUUUGAAUACUCAGACAUCAAGGUUGCCAAGGUGGAUGCUGGUGCCUACACUCCGACCACCGGAAAGACGAUUGCUGCGCCUACUCUGGGCAACUACAGCAGGGAUAUCGAAGAGUACCAGUUCCCUGCCAACGCGACACGCCCCGCUACCUACAUCUUCCCUUACCUCAACUCGACCAACCUUGCCGAAGCAUCGCAAGAUCCUGAAUACGGUGUCAACCACACGUGGCCGUCCGGCGCUACUGACGGCUCACCUCAGGCCCGCAUUGCGGCUGGUGGGGCGCCAGGUGGCAACCCCCAGCUUUGGGACGUGCUCUACACUGUUGAGGCUACCAUCACCAACAGUGGCAAGGUAGCAGGUGACGAGGUUGUUCAGUGCUACAUUGCGCUUGGAGGACCCGAUGACCCCAAGGUCCAGCUUCGAGGCUUCGACCGCUUGAGCAUCCAGCCGGGCAAGAGCGCUACCUUCCACGCCGACAUCACUCGCCGUGAUAUCAGCAACUGGGAUGUUGCCAGCCAGAACUGGGUCAUCUCCGAGUACCCCAAGACUGUGUACGUUGGUGCUAGUUCAAGGAAGCUGCACCUCAGUGCUGCCAUGGACACUAGCGCCUACAGGAUGUAGAUAUGCCGGGGCAUGCUCGGAUACGGAUAUAUUGUUAGUACCGAAGGAUAGAAAUGCGGUAUUCGGUCACGCACAACAGUAAUGUUCAAUUCCUAAUUGGAUGGCCUUGAAUAGCUAGCAUUAUGAAGUUAUGAUUCU